CUCUUCCAAAUCAUUCAGUCGUGACCUUAAUUUAUUAGUCAAUGAAGAAAUUACAUCAGCACUGCUCAAGGUGUCAGAGACAAAUACUUGAGUUGAUAAAAGUGGAAUUUCUUAAAUUCGAUUCCUCCUAAGACUAAUUCGUCCAGUCGUUCAUCUAAGAUCUCAUCUGCAACUACAUCAAACAGAAAUACUAUAGGGAAAAAUCAUGGAACAAGAGUGUCCACACAUUCAAGGCAUACUGUUAUUGAUAAUUGCCUUGAAUCCUCAGCCCAUAUAAAUUUCUUGUGAAAGUUCCGAUGUGCACCUAGAUGCUGAGAUUAGUUAACUUUGUUUCACUCCUUCAGAGACGACAAUGAUACUCAAUAUUCUAAACUUAUCUUUAGUGCUUGGACUAAUCGCUGUCUUGAUCAGUGCCUCCGACCCAGGAACGUCCGAUGAAACCUCAGCAACAAAACCCAGCGAAAGAGCAAGGCGGAAGAGCCCUAAAGUGCAAGGCCUAAACACAGCCGUCAUUGAAACAUACCUGAACGCCUUAGAGAAUUUCGAUAUCCAAUCUAGAGACAGCUUCCACGAUAGCUGCCAAACUCUGACGUCAUCCAUCAAAGCCGUGGCCGACUGCGUUCAACCAAAGCGGAGCGCCCAGUUGACAGCUCCCCUGUUCACUUUCAUCAACAUGCGACGCAGUAUAUUCCCCGACAUUCAGUAUCGGGUGAAACACCGAGAUAGACCGGGGUCGUGGCGCGGUCGAAUUGACGUCAUGGCCCAGCGAAAGGACGGGCUUCUCUUCGCCUUCAGGCUCUGGGACUUGGAGGAGGCUGUCAAGGUGUUGAAAAAGUUCGAGGUGAAGAAGGCGCAAGAUGGCUGGACCUAUUUCAAGAGUUUCAAGUGGCCUGUGACUCAUUGGGUCCUCGCGACCAUUGAUUUCAAGCACCGAAAAGGCAGGGUCAUCAGAGUUAACGCUAGCUAUCUCCUGGAUACUUACGAUACCUCUAAGGCCGUCGAUAUUGUUAUCGAGUGAAUAAUAAAAUCCCACAAAAUUGUCGAGAUGGCGAAAAGAGCUGCAGGAGCAAAAACAAGCGGGAAAGCUCUAACUCCUCGUGUAAAUAAGUAUGUUUAAAUUUGCAACAAUAAAGUUAAGUAGUUUUUAACAUUUGAAUGAAAAUAAUCUAAAAUGGUGCUUUGCUCUGACCCCCCCCCCCAAAAAAAAAAAUCCAAGAUCAAAAAAAGAGUGCGUAUUAUUUAGAGAUUAAAAUAUGAAUGCAUACAAAAUCACUGAUUCCACAUAAAAACAGAAACGAUUAUUACGGCUACUAAUAAAAAUAAAAUACAUCA